AUGAAUGGAAUCUUUGCUAUAGAAAAACCAAGUGGUAUAACUUCUAAUCAAUUUAUGAUGAAAUUACAACAUCUUCUGAAUAAUAGCAGAGUGUUUUCAAAGGAGAUUGCAAGAGCCACAGCAGAGAGAAUGAAAGAAUAUGAAAGGCAGACAGGUAAAGUUCCAAGCAAAAGGAAGUUGCGUAAGGUUUCAAAAGUUAAAAUGGGCCAUGGUGGUACUUUAGAUCCAUUGGCAUCUGGUGUCCUAGUCAUUGGUAUUGGCAGUGGUACAAAAAAACUAGCCAAUUACUUAUCAGGCACCGUCAAGGUUUAUGAAACUGAAGCAUUGUUUGGUGUUUCUACCACUUCUGGUGAUGUGGAAGGUGAGAUUUUAUCACAGAAUUCCACAAAACAUCUAAACCUCGAUGAUCUGAAGACAUUGAAAAAGAAAUUCGAAGGUGAUUUAAAGCAAACUCCACCAAUAUUUGCAGCUUUAAAAAUGAAUGGGAAACCUCUACAUCAAUAUGCCAGGGAAGGUAAACCAUUACCUAGGGCUAUCGAGCCUAGACAGGUCAAAGUAUAUGAGCUUGAUAUAUUCGAGGAUUCCUUAAGUAAAAGCCAUGCAUACCCGCUAUUGAAACCGGUAACAGAUGAGGCCAAGGAUACUGUCAAGAAUUUGAACGCGAACAUGUUGAAGGAUACUUUGUAUUUUUCCAAAGAGUACUGUGAUGAACAAGGAUGGGAAAGUGAGGUAGCUCAAGUUGAAGAUCCUAUAAUGCUUUCUGAAGAAGAAAGGAGCCAGAUUGAGGAGGCAGGUGAUGAGUAUAGAGCACCAUUAUUGCAUUUCAAGGCUAAAGUUUCUUCAGGUACCUAUAUUCGUUCUCUAAUUAGUGAUAUUGGUAAAGCAAUGAGAAGUUCAUGUUAUAUGGUCAAAUUAAUUCGUUUACAACAGCAAGAUUGGUCGUUAGAGAGGCAAAAUGUCUUUAAAUUUGAAGAUUUCAGUGAAAAAGAUGAAAAGGUCUGGAGCAAAGUUCUUGCGGCAGUUUUUGAAAAGGGUGCUGAGAUUAACGUGGUUGAAGAAUUGACUAGAGCACAAAAAGAAUUUGAACAGGAGGCUGCAUCGUUGAAAUGCGCAUAUGAGGCACAGCAAAGUACAGAAGAUGUUACAUGUGACGAUAAUAAAUCAAAUACCGAGGUUGUUGUGCCAGAUGGCGAACGUUUAAAGAGAAAAAUCGAAGAAAUAUAG